AAUAAUAAAUCAAAGUUUCUGUAGCAUUCGAUUUUCAGCCAAUGGAGAUUGAAAUUGAAAUGAUCUCCCAAGAAAUCAUCAAGCCCUCUUCUCCAACCCCGGAAUCACUGCGAAAAUACCAGCUCUCGUUUCUUGAUCAGAUUGCCCCUCCUAUUUUCAUGCCCGUCGUCUACUUCUAUCAAGCCGAUGCCAAAUUUUCCAACCAUGGAAAAUCAAACAAUCUAAAGAAGUCUUUAUCUCAGGUCCUGUCGAGAUUCUAUCCCCUGGCAGGCCGCCUUGUCGAUAAUCUAUACGUCGACUGCAACGAUGAAGGGUCGCCCUAUGUCGAGGCUGUUGCUAAUUGCAGUCUUUCACAAGUACUCACGAAUCCAGUCGUGAAGAACAUGGACAAAUUUCUACCCUACAAGGUGGACGACGACGUGCAAAAUCUUUGUGUGGCUGUUCAAGUUACUUUUUUCCAGUGCGGUGGGACUGCAGUUGGGCUAGUCAUAUCGCACAAGAUUGCUGAUGCAUUAUCGUCCUUCCUGGUGGCAAACACGUGGGCUGCCGUCGCACGACAUGGGAACUAUGAUGACGUGCCCGGCCCCAAGUUUGAGGGGGACAAGAUUUUCCCGCCGCGGGAUACUGCCGGGUUCAAGCCAAGUACAGGAAUCCUGAAAGAAGAACUCGUCACAAAAAUCUUUACAUUCCCAAACUCCAAAAUCUCCGCCCUCCAGGAAAGGUACUACGGCGGAGCCGCACAACGGCGGCCAAGCCGGGUAGAGGCCCUGUCAGCUUUUAUAUGGACCCGAUUCAUAUCUGCCAUGGAAAUGAAAGCACACCCAAACAAGAUCUACACCGUGCUACACGCAGUAAACCUUAGACCUCGUCUGGAUCCGCCGCUGUCUGAGUACCAUUUCGGCAACAUAUUCCGGUUGGCAAUUGCCAGGCCAACCGUGGGGGCUGACAGCGGCUCUGAGCUAUUGCAGAAAGUAAGGGAAGCCAUAAGAGCCGUGAACAGAGAAUACGUGGCUCAGCUGCAACAGGGAGAUAAGCAUUUGAAUUUUCUAAAAGAGAGAAUGGCUCAGGCUAUUAAAGGCGAGCUGGUCACGUUUAACUUCACAAGCUUGUGUGGUUAUCCGUUGUACAAAGCGGACUUCGGGUGGGGCAAGCCGGUUUGGGUGGUUACAUUGACCGGGCUGGUGUACAAGAAUCUGGUAGCUUUUAUGGAUACCGCGAUGGGGGAUGGAAUAGAGGCACGGAUUAAUUUGAGUAAAGAGGAUAUGAAGAAGUUUGAAGCUGAUGCAGAGCUGCAAGAGUUUGUUUCAAACGCCAAAACUCUUGGAAUUCACCACUCGCGAUUGUAGCUUGAUUUCGUGCGUGUUGAUGAAUAUUAUGGGAGCAUUUGCAAUAGUUGGACCCAUGAUAAUCCGUACAAAAGUUGUAAUUUGAAUGAGUGUUCUGUAUGUAAUAAAU